AUAAUACUAAGUCUUUUCAAAGUUAUUUAUUAGGCUUAUCAUUUUAGUUCAUCUACUAUUUUAUAUGAUGUAAUUUAUUCUAUGUUAAAUUCAACAUGUUCAAUAAGUUCAACAUGAAUUAAGUGUUUAAUUCAAAUUUAGCACUUAUUUUGUGCUCUUUGCUGAAACCGGCAACCAUCAACCUCCGCACUUGGCCUGUCAAUUGCCACAAGGAUAUUUUUUCUUGUUAAAAAAUAUGGUCAUAUUUCAAUUUAUGUGCAUUUUAGUUAUUUUUAUUUGAGAUCUUCGUUCAACAAAUAAUCAAAUGGAUAACUAUGAAGAAUUACUCACAAGACAUCGUAAGGAAAAAAAGGAACUGCAGGACUAGUCAAUUGAGUGAAUCUAUUAAUCAUCUCUCAUUAUCUGACAAUGAAGACAUUCUCGAUGAAGUUCCUGGUUUAAAGCAACACAGAAUAAGCAAAGCACAGAAGAGACGUGAAAAGAAAGCACUUCAGGUCAAAGAAAGAGAAUUACGAAUAUUUGAACAGGAAGCCGAGAAUGUUUAUGGUGCUCGGACCAUUGAAUUGGAAACUAUUAAAAACAUUUUAAAGGAAAGAGGUUUAAUGAUUUAUGAAAUACCGUCUGACGGAAAUUGUUUAUAUUGUGCUAUUGAUCAUCAACUGAAGAUGUGCCAUGGCAAUGGCCUUGGUGUGACAGAACUGCGAUUGAAGACAAGCACUGUCCUUCGUGAAAAUAGCAAUGAGUACUUACCAUUUUUAUCACAUCCGGACACUGGUGAAAUGUUGACUGAAAGUCAGUUUUACAAUUACUGUGAUCAAGUUGCACACACAACAGCUUGGGGUGGACAAGUUGAGCUACGAGCAUUAUCUGAAGCUUUGAAGUGCUGUGUUGAAGUAAUUCAAUCCGAAGGACCAUCCAUGAUAGUUGGAGAAGAGUAUUUGAAAGCCGGAGGUUCAAAACUUAUUCUUACAUAUCAUAGGCGUAUGUAUAGCCUUGGCGAACAUUACAAUUCUGUACAACCCUUUUGCCAAGAUGAAGAGGAGAAAUUAGAAUAAACUUAAUCAUUAAAUUAUUUUCAUGUUUGAAUUUUGCUUUGUAGUUAAAUUCAUUUAAUAUGUACAACUUAUAUUGUAUAAAUACAAAUUAAAUAUGA